AUGAUUUAAAAUUCUACAACAACUCCUCCAAAUGAGGACUCUCUAUGCAAACCUAUUAUUUAGAUCAUGUCAACAAUGAAUUAGCAAUAAAUGAGAGUGCGUAAGCCUUCUGAAGAAAGUAGAAAAAUUCAAUCUGAAACACAAUAGGUGAAAAUUACUCAUCCAAAAUCUCCUACUUUAACAUAAGUUAGUGUAUAGAUUGCAUCAGAUAGAGCAUCACCACAUAAUUAAUAGGAUUUACUUCUAAUAAAUGAAGAACCUAGCAAUAAGGAGGAUUCUCAAUAACUUAGUAUGAUAAAAAAAUAGAAUGAUUCAGAUUAAUUAUUUAGAAAAUCUAUCUUUAAUAAACAUAGAAACUCUUAAUCAUCAUUGUCUUUACUUUACAGAGAGAAAGCAACACUUAUUUCUAAUUUAACUAUUUCAAAGAGAUAAUUUAAGUUGAUAAAUGAUUUGUCAGCAUAAUACUUUAUCCCAUUAAAAGAUUAAAUAGAAAAAUUCCUUAAAAGUGAAUGUGCUCCUAAACUUAUCAUAUUUAGUGUAUAUUUCAUUUUUUUGUUAUUCUAUUUAACAGUCUUGUUAAUUGAAAUUGGAUGUAAUUAAUUAGCGAUAUCAAAUUUAGCUAUAUUCUAAUACAUAAUGUUAAUUACUUAAAUAAUGGAAUUUUCAUAUCAAAUGAUUUCUUAUAAAGGAAAUAUAAUUAAUAUCAUAAUUGAUAAUUUAGGAUUAAUACCAUUUAUUUCCUAUUAAAUUGAUAAUUAAUAAUCUUAGAAGUUAAUUUAUUUAUUGUAUUUGAUCAGAUUUAGAAAAAUUAAUAAUUUUAUUCAGAAUUUAAAUUUCUAUUCUAAUUAAUAAGAUUUUAUCUUCAUUAUCUAGACAACCAUCUAAUUACAUUUUUCCACUUGUUUUGCUUAAACAAUCAUUUUUAUGUUCACUUUAUCCUAAUAAGAUUACAUUGUCUAUAUACAAAAUAUAUUUACAUUAAUAUUCAUAACUCCUUAAAUAUUAGGUCAAUAUUACUUUCUCAUUUAUUUGAUUAAGAUAUUAUUGAUAAUAUUUUAUUUUUAUAAGUUUAAAUAAAUCAUAAAUUAUUAGUCAAUUCAACUUGAUUAAUAUUUGAAUUACUAGCCAAAUACAUAAAAAUUGAUAUAUGAAUACAGUAAUUUAAAUAAACAAAAUAUAUUUGAUAUUAAUUUGAUGCCUAAUUUUUUAUAAAGGAAAAUGAAGAGAGAAAAAUAUUUUAAGAUUUUAUCUGAAAUUCCAAUAUUUAAUACAUCAUUCUCAAAAUAGACUAUUCUAAAUAUUUGUGAUUUAAUUUAAGAAUAAAUAUUAAGACCAAAUGAAAUUAUUGUUUAAAAACAAGCAUUAUUUAUUCAUUUACAAGGAAUAAUUCAAUUAGUUUAAAAAAGUGAUUCCUCCUUAUAAUAAUUUAAAUUAACAAAAAUUAGAAAUCCUUUUUCAAUAUUUAAUAAUGGUGCCUUUUUUAAAAAUUAAAUGUAAGGAAUUUAAUUUGAGAGUAUAGGACACUCAAAAGUAGCUAGUUUGAAUUCAUAAUUAUUUCAUUAAUUAAUUAAACAAUGUCCAAGAGAAUUUUAAAAAUACAGAAUGUUAGUAGAUACUAUUAUAUUAGAUAAUGAUCCAUAUUUGGCUAACAUUUUUUGUUAUGGAUGUCAUUAAGCUCAUGAUUUAACAUAAUGUCCAUUUGUAAAUUAUAAGCCUAAUAAAUAUUUUAUAAUUAAUAGUUAUAAAAUUCAUAAAGAAUAAAAUAGAGUGUCAGAUUUCAAAAGAGUAAUAUUCUUUUAUAAUAUGAUUAGGAAGUACAGAGAAAAAAGAAGAAAAUAAUUAUUAAAUCAGGAAAUGCUUAGGAAGAUUCAGAAUCCUUUGAAUCAGAAGAAAAGGAUAAGGUUGCACCUUUUAAUAAAAUUCUUCCUUCAUAAAAUUCUUCAUUAAGUUUAAAUAAUAACAAUUAUCCAAUAAAUUAACUUGAAUUAAGUUCAGUUCCAUAUGUGAGCUAUUCUCAUAGUGGAUAAACACUUUAUUCUAAAAAAAUGGAUUCAGAUAAUCAUUUUUCUGUUUAAGGUAUAAGCAGUAGUAAUAGCAGUAGAAAAAUAAUUUAAAAUGAAGGGAAAGAAGUAGGGUAAUCUAAAUUCUAAAAAUAUGGUUAAUUGGAAGAAAUGCAAGGAUCAUCUUUUUAAUGCAAUCCUUUAUAGAGAGUUUAGGAUAGUUUAUUAUAAACUAGAAUAAAAUACAAAAAGAAUAGAACAGAUAAAUAAUCACAAUAUUAGAAAUAUUAAACAGAUAUUCAAUAGAAACAGUAAAAACGAGAUUUAAGGAAAAAUUAAACUAUGAUAAGUAAUUAUUCUGUACUUGAUAAUCAUAAGAGAAGAAGAACAUCAAUAGAAGGUAAUUUUAUGCAAUCAUUUGAAAAAAUUAGUCAAUUUGAUGACUAUUUUCCACAUUACAAUGUAGAUAAAUAAAUAAAUAAUUAUUAAAGAAUUUAAUCAGUUAAUAAAGAUAGUAAUUAAUGA